UUUUCAACUCGAAACCUUUCUCGAAGAACCAACUCGAAUCGAGAGGAAGAAAGAUGGUGUCUGGGUCAGGGUUAUGCUCGAAGCGUGUCGUGGUCGACGCAAGGCACCACAUGCUGGGCCGUCUAGCUUCGAUCAUCGCCAAGGAGUUGCUCAACGGACAGAGAGUCGUUGUGGUCAGAUGCGAAGAGAUUUGCCUGUCAGGUGGAUUGGUUCGUCAGAAGAUGAAGUACAUGAGGUUCAUGAGGAAACGCAUGAACACUAAGCCUUCUCACGGUCCCAUCCACUUCAGGGCUCCCUCUAAGAUCUUCUGGCGUACCGUUCGUGGGAUGAUUCCACACAAGACCAAGCGUGGAGCUGCUGCUCUUGCACGCUUGAAGGUGUUUGAAGGAGUCCCACCUCCUUACGACAAGGUCAAGAGAAUGGUUAUUCCUGAUGCUCUCAAGGUUUUGAGGCUCCAGGCUGGUCACAAGUACUGCUUGUUGGGACGUCUGUCUUCUGAGGUUGGCUGGAACCACUACGAUACCAUUAAGGAGCUUGAGGUCAAAAGAAAGGAGAGGUCACAGGCUGUGUAUGAGCGUAAGAAGCAGCUCAGCAAGCUCAGGACUAAGGCCGAAAAGGUUGCAGAGGAGAAGCUUGGUUCGCAGCUCGAUGUUCUUGCACCCAUCAAGUACUGAGAAUUGGCAUCUGUCUUUUGGCUUAAUACUUAAUUUGGUUCUCCUCUCGAUUCUACCUUUGAAUUUUGUUUCUGCUUUUGGUAGCUUGUAAACUUGAAGAUUGGAAUGAGACUUUUUGGUUUUUUGAUUGAACAAUCUGUUAUGGUUCUUGGUUCUUUUCUCUAAGAUCAAUGGUUAAGUUUGAAAA